UGGGCUUCUUACGUAGGUUAUUAAUUCUCUUGUGCACUAGCAAAGACCACACGAGCAAAACUAAUUCUGAAGGGCAUUUGCUGAGACAGUUUGGACAGCGUAAUGGGUUUCUUACGUAGGUUAUUAAUUCUCUUACGUAUAUAAGGAGAUCAAUGCUCAAGGCGGAGCAAUUCAAUAUCAAUGGGAAUACAAACACUGAAGAGCAAACAAAAGGAGGCAAAACGGCAGGGAUUGGUCAAUCGAGUUGAAAUAGGAAACAACUUCGCGCGCUCGUAAAGCACUUCUCCAGAUCAGGACCAUGGAGAGCUCUAAACUGUGGACAAGAGCGAUAGUUUGUACAGCGCUGCUGUCCAUCCUAUGUGGUGCUGAAACGAGCGACUCAGAAAUGGAAGUGGAUUUGGAAACGAGAAACAUUCACGACUUCUAUCCACAAAAUCCGAAUCUAACGAACGAAAAACGUCUUCUUGGAGCUCUACACGAAGUUCUAAAAAAACUGCAGACCAAAAGAAUUAAUCCAUGGGAAAAGAAAUUUGGACAAGUUCCCACUUGCGACGUGGGGGAGCAUUGCGCAGUGAGGAAAGGUGCUCGAAUCGGCAAAAUGUGCGACUGUCCACGGGGAGCUUUCUGCAACUUCUUUCUGUUGAAGUGCUUGUGAAUGGAGGUUUAUUGGAUUCAAUCCCCUAUCAUUGUGUUAUUUAAAAGAUGGAUAAUAAUGUAACAUAUGUCAUUAUUUUUAUGAAUAUUUUUCAAAUACAGGCGGACUAUAAUUGUCAAUGUUAUGGUGGGACCACCAAUUAGAUAAUGGUACAUCCUAUCGUUUCCUGGAGUUAGAUUAAACAUUUGUGUCACCUAAGUGUUACUGAGCUCUCUAUAUUGUGCAAUAAAGUGUGUCACAACUUCUUUCGUAAUCAUUA